AAAACGCCGAGUCUGAGAUAUCUCCCACAUUGCCCAUUUAGUUGAACGACCACCUUGUAUUUAUGAAGAAGAGCAAAGCGCUGCUCAAAAAUCUACAGAAAGCUGAUAAAGAAUACGAGCAGGCGCUGAGGAAUGCGAGCCAGAAGGGUGAUACCUCGGCAGCCGCUUUACUAGCCCUAGGCUCUAUAGAUGCCACGGGCGCUAUCACAAGCGUAGCCCAGCUACUGAACGAGAUUAACCAAUCAUUUGAGGGUUAUUCGAGCGAGCUAUUCAAAUCUAGGCAGGCAUUAGCUGAACUUGUCAGCCAGGAGGAGAGAUACUCGCUUGUAGAUAGAGAUAGAGAGAUUCUUGUUCAGCAAGUGAUAAAAGCUUCUUCCAAGAAAUCCAAUGGCAGUGCACCUGAGAAACUACUGAGUUCUCAAAGGGAAUUGCGUGCAUGUGAAGUACAUCUCUCUGAAAUUGAGGUCGAUUUGAUGACGAAUAGACAACGUAUCAUAUACAGCUCUAUAGAAGGAAGACUAAAGUCGUUAGUGGACCUUGGCGAUAAUCUUAUUAGAUUUGGUGAACAUGGCUUAGAAAAUAUCCAGUUGCUGCCAACUUCAGCGAAUCUCCUGGAUAAUCCAUCAAUUGACUCACUCAGUCCCUCUCAAUCUGCCUCACAAGUACAGGAAGAUACACCUAACAUCUCCGGUCCAAUUACUGCCAUAAAGAAUCCAAACCUCAAGCGUGGACACAGCGAUGCCGCAAGAGCCGUACAAAUAGUCCAGCCACAGGAUACACCGAAACCUUCUAUGUUCACUGAGCAGUUCAGCGAUUCAUCCAUACAAUCUCCUGGACCUACAACAACCAAAGCGAUAAGACAACCGCUCAUCCCAGAGCCUUUAUACCAACAACAGAGUCAGAAGAAGUCGGGAGGCUUCUUCAGGAGACUCUUUGGUGGUGGUAAAAAGGAAAAAGCACCAAAACAAGCUAAAAAGCACCAAAAGGAAACAGAAGUCGACACCCAUCAGAAAAAAAGCCUCUUUAGCAUCGGAUUUGGUUCUAAGUCUUCACAUCCACAAACUGAUUCAAAUGACAAUCGUCGUAAAUCAUUUGAUGGUUGGCAAACAAGGACUGCAUCUAACAUCAAAUCCCUGGAAAGAGACGAUUCUAGUGACGAGGACAAUGUGGGUGCAAAAUAUAUAACAGUUCAGAAUAAAAAUCCACAAGCCAUUAUCGCGGACAAUCUAAGUCGCCAAUCCAGCGUUGCAUCUAAUCAAAGCAAGAGAAGGAGAUCCACUCAUCGUAUAUCUCAAAGUGCACUUAGAUCCAACAGCGUUGGUAAUGGCAGACGUGUGUCAGACUUACCAGAAAGACCAUCAUCUGCCGCAAGUUUACCGAUACUUACACAAACUGCCCAGCAAAAACAUGCUAAGCAGGCCAAGAAAACGGAAAGAUCAUCAAUGCAACAACAAAAGAUAACUGCAACACCUUUACUUCCACCAAAAGUACCAACAAAAAAUGCAGUAUCAAACGGAAACAGUCAACGCCGCAGACCAACUAGCACAAGCGUGCGCCAUCGCAAAGCCGUUGUACAUCCAAACUUGAUGAGUAUUGUUGAGGGCGAUGGUGUUGACCAAGACUUUAAUCCAGCAGCUGCGGUGGUUAGCCAACCAAAAGGCAAAGGUAAAGAGCGGGAGCAUUUACCUUUAACAUCUAACCAGACACGUCGUAUUUCAGCUAACAAUGAAAGUAUAGCGCCAAUUCGUAAAGGUAGUAACAGGUCAAGCAGAUCAGAACAACUGCCUAAGAAUGUUAGCUGGCGUGAUCAACCACUCGUACAACGCUCAAAUUCUGUACAAUGGGCCAGUAGGCCACGGAGAAACAGCACCAGCAGCUCGUCAGAUGAAGAAGGCAGUUAUGCAUACAAUGCUGCCAGAGCGAAAUUAUCUCCACUUGACUUUUCUACACUAAAAUAAGAAGAAAGACACUCAUUAAUAAAACAAAUUAAUAACAAAAUGUUGUACUACCCAUUCCUUAAUUUAAUAUUUUACGCUCGCCAA